AUAUAGUUGACCUUCGACAUAUAAAAUUUUAACGCUAUAUAUGUUGGUCACAUCCCAAUUGACUAAGAGGACCGACGUAUGGAAUAUUACUUUCGUGAACAACUUGACAGUGCUACAUCCGAAGCCUCUUUUUUCAUGUAUGCAAAAGUUUAAAUCUCGCUAAAAGCCAAUCUAAUUUUCAACCGUUGUACGUGACCAAUAUCGUUCCCCCUUUUGACCGACCAAAUGAUGUAAAUGAAUAUGUUUACGUAAUUCCCUUUUCUGUUGCAGAUAUGGAAGUUUAAAGACAAUGAAUGUAUUGAUAACUGCUUAAACGUGUCCAUGGAUCGGCUAUGGAAAUGGGACAAAUUAUUAUAACUGCGUCAGAUCAAUGAUUUAAUGAUUAAUACUGAUUGAGAUUAGAUAAGCAUAGGGUGUAUCCAAUUUUUCUCGGGUACUGGGGUAAAGUCCAGCAAUUUAUCGAGAUAGAAAAUUUGAGAGAAUGGAUUCCUCUCUGUAUCAUGUAUCAAUUCCCUAAGUUAUUACAUUCCAGAAUUCGUGACACAACAUGGAUUUUAUGCACUGAAUGUGUUUCGAGAUUUAUUCGACUAUCAUAUUCGUUUCCGCGGGGAUCAUAAUACAUUUAGAAAGGCACACAACCAAUCUUACUUGUUCUUCCCGAUUCAAUUCCAGAAAAUUCUUCAAUAUGGUACCAUACCUAAUGUUAGAUGAAAGAAAAGAAGUUGAAAUACUACUCUAUCACUUACCUAUCGGGGAAAACCAUGCUGUAUAAUACUAAGAUAAGAACAGCAGCUGAAAGAAAAAGUAGAAUUAUAUCAUAUAUAUCUAUAAUUUCAAACUUCUCCUUUGAAAUGUCUUCGCUAACUCCCCAAUCUGACAAUCCAAUAUGUUUCUCUUCAUCCAUAUUUUUAACCAUUGUGAGGCUAUAA